GCGGCCGAGAGCUCAUAGGAGAGGACAAGCCAAAACGGGACUUUCAUUCUAUGACACAUCGCCACACCGCCGCGAUUUAAGGAGAUAUAUGAUCUACAUUUGGCACAGAAAUCCAAUCCAAAGACGGGCGCUGCAGAUUUUUAACCGUCCGUUUUACUGUACGAGCUGUUAUUAUAUAACGUGAGCACAGCGUCAUUCCAGCGGGUGCCUCCGUGAGUCAUUGAUAAACGCACAGGCAUUCCUUGCAGUGUCUCUCAGCUUGAAUCAAUGCUGGGAAGAGCAUCUGCAAUCGAAUAUCCGUGUCAGAAUUUGUGUUUUGACGAUUUUAAUUGUGUUCACAAGACCGCCAGCAGUGCUAUGAAUAUAAUUCGUGCGUCUUAAAUAGGGGAUCUUGAUUAUCUGAGAUUUUUUGUGAAUGAUCACGCGGGUGAUUACCUCAAUGCUUUAGUCGGCGCAGUAAGGUGUACAACCUCCACACAGCUGUGCACUUACUGCAUACACCGGACCGCAUUUCACCUCUUCUUCUUAUAGAUUUUUCGUCUGCUUUUCCCCUAAUGCUAGAUAAGUUUAAACCCGUUCAUUUCGAUUCGAAAAUGGCAAUUAGCAAAACCGUGGACUGGCUGAGAGAGCAGCUGGAGACGCGCAGCGACUGCCUGCUGCUGAUGGACUGCCGAGCCCGCGAGCUGUACGAGUCGUCGCACAUCGAGACGGCGAUCAACGUGGCGAUCCCGAGCCUCAUGCUGCGGCGGCUCAGGAAGGGCAACCUGCCCAUCAGAUCCCUGCUGGCCAACGGCGAGGACCGCGAGAAAUUCGCCCGGAGGUGCAAGACGGACACCAUCGUGCUGUACGACGAGUACAGCCGGGAGUGGAACGAGAACGUGGACGGAGGCUCGGUCCUGGGAUUGCUGCUCAGGCGCAUGAAAGACGAGGGGUACAAGGCUUUUUACCUGGAAGGAGGCUUCAGUAAAUUCCAGACCGAGUUCCCUGCCCUGUGCGAGACCAACCUGGACAGCUCCUCCAGCAGCGGCUCCCCGACGGCGCAGGUCCUCGGGUUAGGCGGCCUGCGCAUCAGCUCCGACUCUUCGGACAUCGAGUCCGACAUCGACCGCGAUCCGAACAGCGCGACCGACUCCGACGGCAGCCCGCUGUCCAACCCCCAACCCUCUUUCCCGGUGGAGAUCCUGCCGCACCUCUACCUGGGCUGCGCCAAAGACUCCACAAACCUGGACAUUUUGGAAGAGUACGGCAUAAAGUACAUACUGAACGUCACCCCGAACCUACCCAACCUUUUCGAGAACGCCGGGGAGUUCAAAUACAAGCAGAUCCCCAUCUCAGACCACUGGAGUCAGAACCUGUCCCAGUUCUUUCCGGAGGCUAUCGGCUUCAUUGACGAGGCUCGCAGCCUGAAGUGUGGCGUGCUGGUGCACUGCCUGGCCGGGAUCAGCCGGUCCGUCACUGUCACGGUGGCCUACCUCAUGCAGAAGCUCAACCUCUCCAUGAACGACGCCUACGACAUUGUCAAGAUGAAGAAAUCCAACAUCUCGCCCAACUUUAACUUCAUGGGGCAGCUGCUGGACUUCGAGCGCACCCUGGGCCUUAACAGCCCCUGCGACAACAGAAUCUCCACCCCCUCCACCCAGCCCCUGUACUUCACCACCCCGACCAAUCACAACGUCUUUCAGCUGGACGCUCUGCAGUCCACAUGAGCCCUGCCCACAGGGCCUGCUCUGUCACGGAGGGUGACUUCUCCUCAAAUUGUUUUUUCAUCUCCUGUCAAGGGGGGCUUGACACAGCUGUCACAGUUGGCUGGAGCAGCCAUGUGUGCAGCGCAGCUGAGGUUCAUGUGUCUUUGGCUGAGGCUGGAGAGCAGCUGUAGGGCUGGGAGACACUCUCUCUCCCUCACUCUCACCCACAGUGAGACUGACUGCAAGGUCAGGUGUGAAGAACUGGUAUGGAAAGCCAAAGAGACAUUGUUAGUCUAACUGGACACGUUUGUUACAGACAGCACUUACACUCACAGCCGUGUGUUCGGUUUGGGUGUGCAUUUCAUGUCUUCAGUGAAGACCUGCCUGUUUUGGGGUCGAAACACCCCAGGUUAUGAGGGCCCAGUAUUUGGCACUCCACGUUAUUUGUGUGGAGUCGUUUGAAACGUUUAUACAUGUGUAUACGUGGAGUAUUUAAGAGUAAUGCCUUGCUCUAGUAAGAGUAUAACCUCUGCUAGCAAGUAGGUACUGAUGGUUUAAGCUCUCUACUCAAUGUAAACCUACAUUCAGAACAUCAAUCUACCGUUGUUUGAUAUGCCAAAAAUUUUUUUGAAAUGUGUAAAUGUGUAAUAUAUUUUGACUUUGCUUAAUGUAUCGAUUGAAUCUAUGGGCCUUUCUUUUGCACCUUCUCCCACCUGACUCAGAAUCUCCCCCUUAUGCCUUAGAUCUGUACAUACAGCCCGAUUCUUACAUCUGCUUUCAAAUUGGAAAUGCAACGCCAAAAGUCAUCACGCACCUCUCUGAGAAGCACAUCCCAGCAGGCCUGCUCUGUGCAGGAAGUUCGGCCUCGCACGCUUCCUUUCCACGGCCUGUGGUGCUUUUGGGAAGUGGUGCAUUCAGACUCGAUGCUGCAUGUGACUGUAAGGAUAAUCAUUUAAUUAUUAAUGUGACGUUGUGGCGUUCGUGUGCAUUAGUGGUGGCGUACAGAGUACAGGAGCACUAAGCUGGGCGUGGCCCAGCAGGGCUCCCCUGAACUUCACUUUAUUUUUGCGGGGGACCCCGAGGGCUCAUCCUGGUGUAAAGAUGUGGCUCUAAGGAAAGUGGGUUGGGGGUGUCGGCCUUUCUCCUUUCAGGGAUGCUGUGUAAAUGAAGAGAUGUAACAGGAUUGUGGGUGUGUUCGGUGAGCGAGAGCUGCCAACG